AUGGACUCACCGGCGAGUCGAAGUAACACAGCGAGUCCUGGCGGGACAUCGAGUUCGGCACUGUUGCUCGGCAGACAGUUCAAGCAAAUGCAAAAGGAGGGCAUACCGGGCAUCAGCUGUGGUCUCGUGGGCAGCUCAGUCUUUGAGUGGGAGGUUAUGCUCAUGCUAGAUGAGGAGCAGGGCAGUCUGUACGGAGGCGGCAUCUUCAGAGCCCGCAUGACAUUUCCCCAAACAUACCCUCACUCACCGCCAAAGCUCAAGUUCGAAACGCCACUCUUCCACCCGAACGUCUACGAGAACGGCGAGGUCUGUAUCAGUAUCCUGCACGAGGGUGAGGAUCAGUAUGGUUACGAAUCCGCAGCGGAGCGAUGGUCACCAGUACAAACACCCGAGACGAUUUUACUUUCUGUCAUUAGCAUGUUGAGUAGUCCGAACGACGAGAGUCCCGCGAAUAUCGAGGCCGGGAAGUUAUGGAGGGAAGAUCAGAAGGAGUUCAAGAAGAGGGUGAGGCGGUGUGUCAGGGAUAGUCAGGAGAACGCCUUGUAA